UUGUCCACCCAACUACGUUAUUUACAGACAUGUAACACCCCAUUGCUUUUCCCUUGAAGAUCUCUGCUGUCGCUCGGGCCACCUCCGUCUCUCCCAAGGCGUCGAGGAAGAGAGGGGAGAACAUCGCAACCGGCCGGAGAGCCGCCGUAGGACCAGGAGGAUGGCCGCCGAGAUGCUGAACUUCGGCCCAGAAUGGCUCCGCGCACUCUCCAGCGGGGGCAGCGUGGCUUCCCCGCCGUCCUCCCCUGCCAUGCCAAAGUACAAACUAGCCGAGUACCGAUACGGGCGGGAAGAGAUGCUAGCACUUUACGUCAAGGACAAUAAGCUCCCUGAUGAAAUCCAAGACCGGGAAUUUUCGGCCAUCCUGGAGGAAGAGCCUCUGCAGCCCCUGGCGUUGGUCCCGUUGACCGAAGAAGAACAGCGGAACUUCUCCAUGUCCGUCAACAGCGUGGCUGUGAUGAGGCUGAUGGGUAAGGGGGCCGGGGUGGCCCCCGCCGGGGUCUCGCGGGGGAGAGGCAGCACGCGGAGCCGAGGCCGCGGGCGAGGCGAGAGCGGCUUUUACCAAAGAAGCAUCGAGGAGGCGGAAGGCGGGGCCUUCGGCCGAGGGGGAAUCCGCGAAAUCCACCGCAGCCAGAGUUGGGAUGACCGAGGGGACCGGCGGUUUGAGAAGCCCAUCCGGCGGGAAGGAGCCCGGGCCCCCUUUGAGGAGGGGGCUCCCUCCAGUCGCAAAGACUUUGCUCGCUCGGACAGCGACAACUGGCGGACGCUGCGCGAGGAGCACGAGGAGGAGGAAGAGGGUGGCAGCGGCGGCAGCAACGCGGCGGGCGGGGCAGGAGGAAGCUGGCGUCAGAGCGGGGCGUCCCGGCGUGAGAGCGAGCGCUGGCGGUCGGCCAGCCCAGACGGAGGGCCUCGCUCGGCCGGCUGGCGGGAGCAUGGCGGGGACAGCCGCCGGCGGAAGUUCGACUUCGACUUCCGGGAACGCGAGGAGGAGCCGCGGGGAGGACGCCGCCAUCGGCAGAGCAGCGACAGCUUCGAGGAGGAGAAGGACGGCCUGCCCGAGUGGUGCCUGGAGGACGAGGAAGAGGAGAUGGGCACGUUUGACUCCUCGGGGGCCUUCAUGUCCCUCAAGAAGAGCCCCAAAGAGCUGGCGGUGGAGGAGCAGGAGCUGACUUUCCAGCCGCUGCCGGAGGAGCAGGAGGAAGAGGAGGCGGAGGAGCAGCCGCCGGAGGCCAAGGAGGGCAACCCCAGAGAGGGGCCCGUCAGCCCCACCGCCGUGGAAAGGGUGGAGAGAGAUCAAAAGGACCCCCGGCUCGGCCCCGAGGAGAAGAAGCUCCCCGCUCCCCCGGGCACCCCGUGGCAGCCCAGCCCUCCCUUCGUUCCUCUCGCCAUCAACGCCGCCAGCAACUGUGAAAACAUCGGGCCGGGGAACUCUUCCAAAGCCGAAAAGCUAGCGCUGCUGUCCUCUGGCAACCCAGAGGCCGAGGCGGUGGAUGGGGACCCGGGCCCUCUCGGCGGCCCGGCCCAGCCCACCCCGUCCGCCGUCCCCCCGCUUCCCGUGGCCCCGCCUGCUGCUCCUGCCGCCGAAUUCACCGUGGGCGACAACGAGGACGAGGACGGGAUGAAGCACCUGCAGCAGGUAAGGAUUGUCCACCGGGGGGGGGCGAGGUUGCUGUGGGAUGGACCAGCAACGCCACGUCCCUCCCCUUCCUGGGCCAGGAGGGGGAGGGGCUUCCGCCUGCUAUCCUGGCACCGACGGGUUUGCCAUUGGGUUGCUUGGCCAGGUAAGAAGGGAUGCCAGGUAAUUGUAAGAGAGAGACACACACACCACACACACACGCACGCACACACUCCUUUCCCGCCAAGUCGCCUUUCAAGGGAGACGGGCGGCCUAAAAAUACAAAUUAAAUUUAAAAAGGAUGGAAUAAAUAACAGAAACGAUCAAACGGGGCCUAAGAGACCUUUGAACACGCGUUAA